AUGGCCGAUCCCACGCAAACCCCAGACUCUACCACCAACAAUACUAGCAACACCCCUGACAGCCAAGACACGGCGCCUGUGGCUACUGUCGUGGAGGAGAUCGACAAGCAGCCCAAGAAGAACCAGCCCGGUCCGAAGAAGACGAAGAAGCAUGAACCAGAACCAAAGCACGAAGAUUCGUCCUCCUCCAGCGAAGACGAAUCCUCAGGGUCGUCGUCUGAUGAGAACACCGAUGAGAGUACGUCCCCGCCAGAAACGGUUUCUUCAGACCCCUCGGAUUCCGAACCAGAGGAAGAGCAACGACGGCAAACAAAGUCAAAGACAAAGAGGUCUAGGCGCAGGAACCAAAAGAAAACGAAGAAAUCCCGAGCGCAUCGCUCAGCAGACUCAACGACCGAGUCCGAUCGCAGCGACAAUGGAUCUGACUCUUCUAAGGAUACCCCACAACCUCCAGCCCCGCAACCUGGAAAUCAGCCGGGUCAAGGCGCCGAGUCUACUGACCUUAUCCUCGCAUUGGCCAAAAGACUGACGGCAAUGGAAGCUGAGCUGAACGAGGCACGCCGCAACCAGAAUCUUGUUCAGUGCAACCAUAGAGCCAGUCAGAAAGAAGCCCCUGAGGAAGAGCCCAAGAAGAGCAAGAAGGAUAAGAUCAAGAUAGGGACCAAGGUGGAGUUCAAACGGGUUGACCAAUUGUGGGACAACACCAUCCAUGACUACAAACUGUCAGAAACCGUCGAAAAAGAAGACGCCGAUGAAUGGGACCAGUACAUCUUCACAGUCCGCCGAACCUUCGACGAUGACAACAAACACGCCUCAACGACGGUGGACAUCAGAAGCAAGCCCCUUCGCGAGGCUCUCACCAAAGUAAUGGCCGGCGUCAAAGGCGUCAGCCUGGUCGAAGAGAAGCCAUCGCUCGAUCCCAACAUGCUCUUCCUGUACCUCGAAGAAACCCGCCAGUACAUGAAGACUCAGAAGCAGCUUUCAAAAACCGAGAAGAAGAGCAAAGUGCGCAAAAGCGCUGCCACCAAAGCUGCCCAUCUCAAGGUUCUCGUCAAAUACCUCGACACCGACUACGCGGAAACCAAGAAGGCCCUGAACGCGAUUCUGAACUCCAACACGAUCACAUUCGAUCUCAUGUGGGCCCUGUUUAAACCAAAUACCAUUGCGUACGCGUCAACAUACGGAAACGAAGACGAGCCCCGCGCUUUCAAGGUAGAAUCCGUCACGAAAUACACCCAUUUCAUCGAUGGCGAGUCGUACAGAAUCAAAGGCCACUACCUAAGCUACGACGGCAAACGCUUCGGCGUGGUCAGCAUAGCAGAAGCCAUAAACGCAUUCAAGGGCUCCCGCAAAAUCACCAGUCUAGAUUGCUACCCGCUGCACCACCACCGCGAAGCGGACGACUUGCGCGCCAAAUUGAUCGAACGCGGUAGAAAGUUCGCCUCGCUAAAGGGCCAGAACUACAAGUACCACCAAGGCAUGGCAUUCUGCAGAAAAGAGCAAGGCGUUGCCAAGAUCAACGUCAACGGCCGUGUCAUGGUCGACCCAACCACCCACACCCGCGUCAACCCUAACUACCCAGUCGACCGCAUCCGCCGAAACCAAGACGACGGCAACGCCGACGCAAACAUAGCCGACGCAGAUGACGACGAAGACGAAGACGCGCUACCAAGCAACAUAAUCGUCUACGAGCAUCGAACCGUCCAAGACCCCAACGGCAAACAACACAGCGUCCGCGUCAAAGUCGACAAAUACGGCAACGAAAUCCAAGACGAGACAAUGGAUGGCAUCGCAGAGCGCGAAUUCACCCAUGAAGAACUCAUCAUCGCCAGCCCCGUCGUGCGCGGCUUCGCCUUCAACGAGAAAAUGUGGCUCGAGUUCUCCGUCUCCGGCAUCCGCGAAAUAGACUGGAACCACCACGCCUUCGACUCCCUCGUCCUGCCCGAUAACCAGAAAUCCAUCGUAAAAGCCCUCGUCGAAUCUCACACUUACAACGAAGCUCAGAACAUCGACGACGUCAUCCAGGGUAAAGGCCGCGGCCUCGUCGCCGUCCUCCACGGGCCCCCGGGAACAGGCAAAACCCUAACAGCAGAGGGUAUCGCGGAACUCCUCAAACGCCCGCUGUACACAGUUAGCAUGGGCGAACUCGGCAUAAACUCCCGUACUCUCGAGAAAGAACUAAACAACAUCCUCGACAUAGCACACACAUGGGGCGCAGUCCUCCUCCUCGAUGAAGCAGAUAUCUUCCUCGAAAAGCGCGGCCUGCACGAUAUCCACCGCAACGCGCUCGUGAGCGUUUUCUUGCGUCUGCUGGAGUAUUUCCAGGGUAUAUUGUUCCUCACGACGAACCGCGUGGAGACUUUCGACGAUGCUUUCCAGUCUCGUAUCCAUAUCGCGCUGCGGUAUGGCGAUCUCACCUCCAAGGCUAAGCGCAGCGUGUGGAAGAUGUUCCUGGGUAAGGUGCAAGCCGUGGAGGGUGUGCAGACGGCCGAUUUCACGGAUAAGGAUCUCGAUGCGCUUGCGCGGCAUAAUAUGAAUGGUCGACAGGUAGGUCCCCUAUAUCCCCCACUUUCUCACUUUGUUUUAUGUUCGAUGUUAACGAGACAGAUCAAAAACUCCGUGCGCACGGCGCAAGCCCUAGCCGUUAAUGAGAAGUCGCCGCUCUCGAUGAACCAUAUCAAGCGUGUUCUCGAGGUCGCCGAGACUUUUGAUCGGGAUCUUCGUGGUGGUCCGGGGUAUUUGGAUGCGAUGAGGAGUUAUACUUGA